GUGUUUGAUUUGAAGGGUUCACUUAGGAAUCGAAAUGUAAAAACUGACACUGGAAAAGAGAGUUGUGACGUGGUCCUGCUGGAUGAAAACCUCUUGAAGAUGGUUCRAGACAACCCUUUGUAUAUUCGUUCUCAUUCCAAAGCUGUUCUGAKAACUUCCAUCCAUAGUGACUCCCACUUCCUUUCUAGCCACCUCAUUAUAGAUUAUUCUUUGCUGGUUGGGCGAGAUGAUACUAGCAAUGAGCUGGUAGUUGGAAUUAUAGAUUAUAUUCGAACAUUUACGUGGGACAAAAAGCUUGAGAUGGUGGUGAAAUCAACGGGAAUUUUAGGAGGACAAGGUAAAAUGCCAACUGUGGUCUCUCCAGAGUUGUAUAGGACUAGAUUUUGUGAAGCAAUGGACAAAUAUUUCCUGAUGGUGCCAGACCACUGGACAGGAUUGGACCUGAACUGUUGAAAUCAAGCACAUUUCUUGAAGUAGACUGUGAAAGAAAACAGUCAGGAACAAGAGACCAAAAAUAAGUGACAUGUUUUAUUUCUUCAUCCCAUUCACCUGUGUCCAGAAGUCCUUUUAGUUCUUUGGCUCUUUAGAUCGUCCAUGUCUGAAGGGUAAAAAUUUCUUUGGAUUUGCACUUUGGAUUUUGAUACCUGUGAAUUAGUAGUCUGGAAGUUGCAUGAACAUUUCCUCGUUUAAGCUGAAAUACAGAUCAUUUCAAAGAGCUAAGAUUAGAGAUGAGUCAAAGGUGUGAGAAACUGAGUUGUAUUUGUUAACUUAAUUGGAGAAGAAAAACCCUAUCUUAUAGAUUGUGACUAUCUUGGCCUUACAGUUGACACAUUCUUUCCUUAAAAGGCAUUUGUASUACUGCUGAAUUUAAUGUUACCUAUUGUCAGGAUUUCUGAAAACUUUAAGAAAAAUUUUGAUUUAUUYCUCUAGUGGCCAGGUAAGCAGGUUUGCAUUUAUUGAAGAAUUUAACUUAAAUCACAAAUCCUGUCUGAAUUUUCUGUGUCUUCUCAAUUUACCUUGUUUUCAAGUGUUCAGUUUUAUAAUUCUGCCUUCUCUAUUGGUGACAAGAGGAUGCAGCCAUUAACUUAAAGUCCUUUUUAGAGUACUUCUUAAGCUUGUUUAAAACUUUCGACUAAUCAUUAUGUUAAACUCCACUCAUCUUUGUAUGUUCAUAUUUUAGGUCUUGCCACCCCCCCUUAUUUUAGGGAAAUAGUCAUCAUUAGUAAAUUGGUCUGGAAUAAUUGAAUUUCUAAAGGAAGAAUUAUUAACACAGGAAUUUUAUGAGUAUAAAAAAUAAAUUAGAUCCAAUCCAAGAAAUUGGGUGAGAAGGAAACACUUGGUUGCUUUAUAUAGGGGUGAAGUAUCUUUCAGUAUAACCAGCAAGUUCAAUGGCAUUUAUUUCCAGGACAUUCCCAUUUUCCAGUUUUCUACACACUGACUAGUUCUGCUCCUGAGACAUACUAAGAGAUAAAGUUAUCAUACUAAGGAGCUUCUUUUUUAAUGGCCAGUAAUUUUGUUUGUUUUAAAAAGUGAUUCGGAGUAUUCAACUUUGAGGAAAUUCUGAUCCCAGAAUGUUUCUUUUUUUGGCUUCUUUCUGUCAUGAGAACAACAUAGGGAUUUGUAAAAUUUUUAGAAUUUCAUUCUUUUUCAGACUUCCUAUAAUAAUAGUACAUUAAUUUUCACAUAAAAAAAAGCAAGAUGCAUUGGUAAGUACAUGAAUGGGAACAUUUUGGAAAGCUUGCUUUAAAGAAUGAAAGCAUUGGUUUGUAUUUGGUGCUCAUUAAAAAUAUAGUUAAUUUUGAACUAGAAGCAAGUUGGCCAAGGACUUGAGACUUAUCUGAUGCUAAGUUUCCUCUCCCACUUAAAUAUGUAUAUGUGCCUUUUGAAGUUACACAAAACACUGAUGAUUUUAGUUUUGAUACAGAAGAUUAGUAAAGGAGUUGUGUAGACAUGGAAGAUGUGUGGAAGAUGAUUAAAUUUUUAUGUGUCUAGGGAAAAGAGAUUUUGUGUCUGAUUUGAAAUACCAGUACGGUUUUGUCUCUGUUUAUUUUUCCUAUCAGGACACAUAGGGUUAUUUAUCCUGUCAAUUUCCUGUAGAAGUGAAAGAUGUCCCCUACUAACCAUUCUUUUAGUUUCAAUACUAUGUACACAACUGGAACUCUCCAUGAGAAUAGCUCCUGACAAUAAUGUGGCAUACUGAUUUUUCUUUACCUUGCCCAUGACUUUAAAAAACAUUUUUUAAAGUACUCCUGCCUAAUGGGUAAUUCGGUGGUUAAACAUUCUGAAGCAAGAGUUGCUGCUUUGUAAGGACACUUUGUCCUUAUAAAAUUAAUGUCUGAGCUGUAUUCAUGAAGGGAAAAUGCACAAUUUAACUGUUUGGUUUGAGUGGUACAACUAUGUGCCCGGUUCCUUCCUGUUCCUCUUUAUGCCACUAUUAGAUAUAUAAGGUGUUUCAAAUUACUAUGCCGGUCAAUUUCAUCAUUGAGUGACUAUUUUCCUUUCUUGAAUUCCCUUUCUAUAUUAAUGCUGAAAAGUUAGAAAUUAGGAAGAAAUCUUAGUAUUUCUUUCCUGAGAAUACAGUAUGAAUCCUAAAAAUAAUUGAUAGUAGCAUGAGAAAACUAUGUCAACAUGUUGCUUUUUAUAAAAAUCUCAUUUAUAAAUGUGAAGCUUUUUGAUUCCAUCAAARUAUAUUUGAAAAAUAGAAAGGAUUUACUUUUUUUCUUAUCUCAGCCUAAGAAAAAUAAGGGGAAUAAGCUAAGUCCUUUUAUAGUCUGUUGAAUACCUUAAAUUUAUAGAUAAUCAAAAUUUCCUACAGAAUGUCUUAUAAUUUUUUUCUUGAUUUAGUAGUGAGUGGUUUUCUAGCUUUGGCUUUUAUUGAGUAUUGUAAAUAGUAGGGUCAUAUUGGCAUCUUUUGUGAUGGCUUUGUGGUCAUCAGAUCUUGACAUUUUGCCUAUUACCAGUGGACUUGAAUGAAACUUCCAAGGAGAAUAUAUCUUCCUAAAGAAAGUUGGCUCAGUUUAAAGAGUAAAAAUCAGUGUGAUCAAUGAGCCUGGUGGAAAAUCAGAUCAGGCCAUUCAUUAUCCUGCAAGUGUUAACACUGACUUAUGC